AUGCUGCUCGACAGCGGCUCAAAAGGCGGCCUAGAGUCUCAAACGUCAACUCGAAGAAGAGGCCUCGUUGGUAGCGCGGAGAUUGGCGAUGGAAAUGCUGAGACAUCGGUGGACUGCACCCCGCCUAAACGGUGCAAAGAAACGGAACUGAAGAAGCUUCUUAUCAAACUCAAAGAUAAGGGGACUGUCGACAAAAAGAAUGUUAGAUAA